AUUUUAUGAAAAAAUGAAGUUUUUUCCGUGUUUUGGGUUUCUAUUGUUAUUCUUCUACAACGUAAGCUGUUCAGUGUAUUCAGAAGUAGCCGAUGAAAAUCUUCCAUUCUCAUACCAACCCUCAGGAUGGAAAAGAGUUUUCGAAAAAAUGCUUGAAAAAAAGCGGUCUCUCCCUUUUCCAUUUUUUUCAAAUAAAAACGACUUAAGCGAAUUCGCACUAUGCGCCAUUUGUGACGUCGCUAUGUCAGUGAUACUGACAGAGAGAGGCUUCGACAUGACCAAAGUACAAAUAGAGGCUCAGUUGCAAUAUUUCUGCUCCUCUUUUCUGGGAAUUGAAGAUGAUAGAGUGUGUGAAGGAAUUAUUGAUGUGAAUGCGGAUGCUGUGCUGUAUAUAAUGGACAACACGAAGGAUACGGUAGGUAGCACACAGAUUUGCAGCCAGUUAUUAGAUUGCGAUGUUGGUAGCAAGUAUUUUGAAUGGACAAUAGGUGAUUUAAAGGGAAAAACAGUGGAUAAAGUCGAGUCUACUGGUGAGAAAACUUUCAAGAUAGCUCACAUAACCGACAUCCACUAUGAUCCCAAUUACACGGAGGGAAAAGUUCUUAAAUGCGGCGAGCCGCUGUGCUGUCAACCCGAUCAACCGGACGCCACUGCCGACCAAACAGCCUGCGGUCGUUGGAGUUCCUUUAAGGAUGCCGAUUCGCCCCUGAGAUUGCUCAAUGCAGCCAUAGAUGGCAUAAACGAACAGGAUUACGAUUACGUGUAUUUUACUGGUGACCUGGUGGCUCACACAGUAUGGAAAACUAGCCAGGAAUAUAAUAAAAAAACGAUAACAGAAGCCAUGGAUUUGUUUGCUAAAAAAUUCAAAAAACCUGUAAUUCCCAUUUUGGGGAAUCAUGAAACCCACCCUGUCAAUUUAUACGCUCCGCUAAAUAUAACAGACGACAGUAUAAAUCAAAAAUGGCUGUUCGAAACAGUCUUCGAUAAAUGGUCAAAAUGGUUAGACGAAGAAGCUAAAGAAACUAUUAAACAGGGAGGAUUUUAUUCUAUUUUAUUGAAAAAGGGACUUAGAGUCAUCGUGUUGAACAACAAUGCGGCUCACAAAGAAAACUGGUGGAAUUUGUACGAUAGCGAAGAUCCUUACGGUCAAUUAAAAUGGCUGGUCCAAACUUUAGAAAAGGCCGAAAACAAUAAGGAAAUAGUGCAUAUUUUGUCGCAUAUCCCAAGUAGUUCAUGCAUGAAGGUAUGGAGCAGGGAGUACAACAAAAUUAUUGAAAGGUUUUCUAACACGAUCGCUGCCCAAUUCAACGGUCACACUCACAAAGAUCACUUUUCCAUUUAUUAUGACAGCAAAAGUGUUGCGAAUAACAUGGUUAUCAACGGUGCUUCUGUGAUGCCCGAUAAAGCGAAUCCCAACUUCAAAAUCUACACAGUAGAUUCGACAGGAUACGACAUCAUGGACGCAGAGGUCUACUCGUUCGACUUAGAAAAAGCGAAUAAUGACAAAAUCGAGACGAUAAAAUGGGAAAAAUUGUACUCGUUUGCAAAUGAGUUUGGCGUUUCAAAAUUGGUACCAAGCGAGUUGGAUGCAUUGAUUAAAAGAAUGGCUGACGGCAUCAAAAAGAAGGACUACACAUUAAUCGAUCUGUAUCACAAAUUUUACUAUAGAAACAGCAAGUCAAGUCAAGCUAAAUGUGACGAAACAUGCCAAAAGAAAUAUAUCUGCGAAAUAUUGACCACUGUUCACGGAGAAACGUCAAUGUGUGAUAAUUUAUGGACAUAAUGUAAUAAAUAUAUAUUUUAUGUGUAAUAAAUUGUACAUAGAUUAUUAUAUUAUGUUAUGAUUUCGUAUAUACGG